UAUUUUUGAAUCAUAAUGCCUAUGCUCUCUUUAAAGUGGAUGUAAUUUUGAAGCUUUAUUUUAAAGCUGUAUUUGGUCUUGUACUUAUUGAAGAAGACCUUGAAGAAUAUCAGAUGUAAGCUCAUAUAGACAAAAUGUCAGCUGAAGAUUCAGAUGAGUUCCCAGGCAGGCUGCUCCACCAGGCGGCGCUGUGGGACAAUGCCGAGCUUCUGGAGGACCUCCUGGCCAGUGAGGAGAUCGCGCACAUUGGCUCCCGCGACUCGUGGGGCCGCACACCUCUGCACGCGGCCGCCACCACCUACAGCUCGCGGUGUCUCCGGGUGCUGCUUCAGUCGGGCGCGGACCCGGAUGUUCCCUGCGGACCACGGGGAGAGUACAGGACUGCGCUGCACCUCGCCGCCGAGCACGGGCACCUGGAUAAUGUGCGCCUGGUGCUGGAGAGCGGCGCCGACCUGCUGCUCAAAGACCACUGCGGCCUGACAGCCAUGGACCUGGCCGAGCGGGGAGACCACACCGACUGUAUGCAGCUGCUGCGAGAGACG